AUGCAAGGGGAAAGAAUCCUCAAAUCACUUCUAAACAGAGAGAUAGAUGGUCUUUAUGAGGAUACGAAGGUAAGUUGAUCAAACUUAGCUGUUUGCUAAAUUUAAGCUGCUGAGAAAUCAUGGUCGCUCAAUUGAGGACACUUUGUAGCUCAGUUAGCGAAGAUACUUACGAUUUGUAAAGCUACUAACUUUCAAAAACGUUUUCUUGAAUAAAAAUUUAGUUCAUUUCAAAGCGAGCGUUUGGUUGGACUCUAAAUGUAGCUUCAAUUGCAAGAAUCGCGCUGAUCUACAUGAGCAGGUCAAGGAAUGAGUGUCACUUGAAAGCGAACCUCAACCUAAUAAAUUACACUUAUUUUAGACGUCUUUUUUGCCAAAGCCUCUCAUUUUUGUUAACUCCAUAUUUUAAAUGGGCUAGCAUUCACCCUUGUUAUUGUUGUUUUUAAUAUUGUUUGUUGGAACUUGUAGAAUUAUCUUGCUCCACUGCAAUGUCCGCUAAAGAACGAAAAUGGCUGCCAAGCAGGAGGCAAAGCUACAGAGGAAACUGUAUCAAAGUACGCCGUUUUUUGUACCAAGUUCCUAAGGUGUGCUAUAGAGACCUUGAAAAAUGUGAAAGCCAAGGGAAAUGACCUUAUUGAGGUCACAGAUGCCUUGAAACUAGGUAAGAUGAAGCAUGUGAACAUCUUUAGUUGCUGUUUGGGAGUAAGGUCUUUUCUGAGUUCCUAAAAUAAGCUUAAUGCUUACUCUUAAAAUGGGACCAGCUUCAAAACCUUACUAAUGAAAAGGAGUUUUAUUUAUAACACACACACACACACACACACUUAACACACAUACUUUAUUAUUAUUAAUAAUCUACAUUUACAUAAAGUCCAUUUCCGCCCGCAAAUAGCAGGUGCUAGUCAAGGCAGGAGGAGAUAAUAGGUACAGCAGUCAGUAAUAAAUUACAAAUAAAUAGAUGAAUAAAUAAAUGAAUAAAUAACUAGAUAUAUAUAAAUGAAAUAAAGCUUAAACAUAAAUUAAAAACAUUUACAAAAUCACCUACUUGAAACUCGAAAAAUUAACUGCAACACUAAAUUAAGAUAUGUAUACUUUAUAAAUUAAACUCUGUAUUUGCUCGAUAGUUAGCUAUUUUUUGAAGCAGAAUGGGCGAUUCAACAUAACUGUCCUCGGCCUCUAAUAACAAAAAUAGCAUGUCAUUGAUAUGUUUUUUGAAAGCUCUCUUGGGGAGGUGACGAAGUUCAUCGCAUAUUGAGUUCCAAAGCUUAGCUCCGAACCUAGCAAAAGAACCAUGGUUUUGAUUCAGUCUCGAUCGGUUGAUAUAAAAAUUGCAGGAGGAGGAGAACCUGGUCUCGUGAUUAUGCUUUUCAUUAGCUUUAAUGAAAAGAUUACUAAUGUUAGUGGGAACAGUUAGACGAGACAUCGAACAUUAUUGAGGAAACUGUUUCAACGUAUAACAUAUUUAAAGGAAGGAUUUUUGAGGAGGUAAAUAAAGGCACCGCACGUGCUCUGGGUUCAGAAAAAUACAUCAACCGAAGGACACGUUUUUGUAGCACGAGGAUUUUUUGUAAAUGGCAUUUAGCAGCUUGACCCCAAGCAGCCAAGCCAUAGGAUAGGUAGGGUAGUAUCAAAGAGUGAUAAAUACUUAAUAGUGUGGUAAAAGGGACGAGGUGCCGAAGACAGGCAAUAACUCCAAUAAUUCUACCUAUUUUCAGUGCUGCAUUGUCAAUGUGGUAUUUCCAGCUCAAAUGGCUAUCCAGUAAGACACCCAGAUAUUUUACAUGAUCCUUACACUCAAGGGAAGUAAGAAUGUGAUUACUAUUAUCAAACAUUAGAAUAUUGACCAAAUGGUCCAUCUUACGUUGGUGAGGACGAAAGUUAACAAAGUUUGAUUUUUUAGCGUUUAAUGUUAGCUUAUUUGCAUUGAGCCAAUCCCAGACUCUGACCAGUUCUUUAUCGACCAUUUUUUCAAGAGAAUUAAGAUUUUUGUCGGCAUUCAACAACUUUGUGUCAUCUGCAAAAAGGUAAAACGAAAAUUUCACUUAAGAAUAAAACUUUACAACCUACUUAUGGUAUGGGACUCCCAGGUACACACAACACAUUUCACAGUGGAAAGAAAUAGCAUUUUCAACAUGGUGUGAGCAGGGCACAACAAAGUGCUAUCUGACAAUCCAGAGCCAUUGAGGCUUAAAUAUGGGUCAAAUAUAAGUUGUCCUAUAAGCACACCACAUUUGCUUUUAGUGUGAGAUUAAUAGAGGGCUAUAAAGUUACCUGUAACCUGCAAAUUGUUUUGUUCGUGUUUCAGUGGGAACACUUCUCAACAACACUUUAUCACUCCAUCAUGGAAACUACCUGAAGUUUAUUCCCUCAGUAGAUCAGCUUGCUAAAACACUUUACCUUAUUGUUGCUCAGCUUAUUGCCAAGGCACAGUUUGAAAGGGCUCUGGAUCAUGCUAAUGACCUAUAUAAAUUCAUCCAGAUUCUUAAGGCAUGGAAGAGCUAUGACAGUGAAAAGAUGGAGAAGGAAAUUGGAUCACUUUGUCUAUGUUCAUCUGAUUUGUUACUUCAAGGAGCUGGGAAGCUUGAGGAGGCAAAAGUACCUCCGGGGGAAAGACCAUCUCACUUGUGUGUUGUGUUAGACUGGAGAAAGCUCUCAUUGCUUUUUCAAGCAGAAGCAAAUGUACAUUGUUCGCUAAAAUCCUUAGUGGAUAGAACUCUGAAAUGUGGGACAAAAUUUCAAGUGGAUUGUGGGCUCAAGAAUGUUGAUUUUAAAACCUUAGCAAGCUUCUUUGAAACCAUUUUUAGUGCACUCGUGAACAAGCAAGAACAACUGAUUGCAAAUGGACAAGAAUUUACAGUACUCUUAGCUGAACUUGGAUUUCAUUACGGCAGGAUUUGUAAUAAGGCUGGAAACUCAGCAGAAGCUUUGGCUGUGUUCGAUAACCUGUUGAAAAUUGUAGGAAUUGAAAACCAUUGCAAAAAUGGGCAUUUUAAACUACAAAUACCUUCACAAGUUUGUUGCUGUGUGUGUUUAGUCUGCAAGGCAGCUAUUUUGUUGAACUCUACUAUAAAAUCUCAAACUCAAGAAUCUCUUCAGCAGAUGUUAUUCGAAAGUAACCGGCUAAUCUCCCAGAUCCUGAAGUGUAGCACAUUACCUUCACCAAUGUUGAAACUACUUUCAGACUCCCUGGAGUACUUCAGAAUUAAUUUGCAAAAUGAAAGUAGCAAAAAGAGUAAGGAAAAAUCACCCACUCUUUCAUUGAAGACUCUCCAAGGAACAGUACAAGUGCUGCAGUCUUACAUCUCAGUCUUAUCUUUGCAGUGUGAGCGGCUUAAGUCAGAGCUGCUUAAAUCCAAACAUGACAAUAUCGUGGCACAGCUAAAACAACAGCUUCUAAAGAUCACAGAACGGCAAAUGACUGUAUUUAGUUUUGUUAUUUCUUCAUAUCAAGAUCAGUUGAAGAAUGAAAAAGGUGCAAAAAGUACAAUCAGGGAUUCAAGGUCAGUAGUAUCACAAAACAUUUAAAACAGUUAACUACAGUGUACACACUGUAGUUUAAGAAAAGGAUUAUAUUGUGUUUUUAUUUCUCUUUGUUUGGGGACAUAUUAAUAGAUGAAAAUGAGUGAAAAACAAAGGGAAACAGUGUGCAAAGAAAGUAGCAUCUGAUAGCCUGCGGCUAGUGGAUUUUGGCAUCAGGCUAGUGAAUUCUGUUCUUAACUUGCCCGAUGGGCAAGUGAAGUAUGUUGAGGAGUUCAGCUUACAGAAGAACUGUGAAAUCAAUUCUGCUCAUCAAAAAAAUUGAGGGGCUAGUUGAAAUGACGUUUGGGCUAAUAAAUGCUAGCUUCAGCUUGCCCAAAUGACAAGCUGUAAAAAUGACUUUCCUUGCACCCUGGGAAAUAAAAUUUAAACCAAGGAUAAAUUUGAACCAUAACAUUAUACAUGUAACACUGCUCAAACUUUUAUUGCAUACCCAGUAUCCUCAACUCUUGCCAAUCAGCCUACCGAUUCUUGAAACAAAAUUACAAAGUAAUAUCUCUAGAAUUUGUCUUUGUGUUACACACAAAUGGGAAUGUACACUGUAGGCAAUAUCUCUGACAAGAUGGCAUUUUGGGGAAGAUGUACCGUAAGUAGUCUGGGUGUGGGAAGGUCCUUGGAAAGAGACUAAGAGAAAUCUAGUAAGAAUAUCUAUAAAGAAUAGGGGAAUGAAUGAAUGUACAGCUGUUGGUGGACCCUUACAAAGAACUACAGAGGCGAAUGUUACUGGGUAUCAAUCUUCAGAGAGUUUACUGUGCUGUUAAUGUUAACACAUUCUUUAUUUACACUAUGCAGAUGUCAGAUCUUUAAGGACUGUAUUCCAGUAGUGGAACUCGCAAACUCUGUAAUUCAUUCUGCCCUUGAUGAUCCAGACAUCCCAUUAUCUCCAAACGAGCUCCGCUGGCUAGGCUGCAAUGUGUACAAUUUGGGCUGUGUGUCAUAUCAGAGAGAUUGCUUUACUGAAGGAGUUCCUCUGUUAGCUAUUGCUUGUGAAGAGCUGAGAGUAUGGUGCUUUAAUGGCAAGACUGAUGAGGAAAUUCUUACAAGGAUUGUGGAGGUAAUAUGGCCUUAAGCCUUGUAAUUUUUCUAACAUACUGUGUGGCAUGAAAUGUUUGUGGGAGUUUGCAACUUUUGUGUUUUGCGGGAACAAACAAUGCUACAGUUUGUGUACCCUACACUGUAUGUAAAACCAGUAUAACAGAUUACUUUUCUUUGUCAUUCGAUUAAAGUAACAUCUGGGAUGACUGAUUGUUCUGAUGAUCGAUUGGAAGAAGUUAAGUUGCAAAAUAUUUACUGUGGAGAAAUUUUUUGCAGGAAAAAUGUGUGCUGGAAAAAUCUCAAAAAUUAGAACCCGCAAAAAUUUCGUGCCACAAGGUAAAUGAUGUACCAUUUUGACAAGCCCCAAUAGAGAUGAUUACCAAAUUUAUCCUUUGUAUAAUACUAGUGCUCACCAAUCAUUUUUUUCAUAUUGGGUAUUAAAUACUUGUGAUUCAUUUUUUUGCACUGUGCAUAAAAUGCCACAUCAAUGAUUUUCCUUUUUUUCUGAGAAAUGGAAGCAAACACUUGUGAUGUUAACCCACCAGAUGGGUCUUACAGUAAUCUGUCCUGUCACGCCAUCAUUAAUAAUAUAACUGAUUUCUUUUAGGUGAAGCUCCUAACAAAAUUUGCACUGCUGACUGACUGUCAGCGACGAGCCAAACAGAUGGCUGGUGCACUGACAACAGCUACCACUCAGGUUUUCAUGGCACUUCAAACUGAUUCUGAUGCAAAUGUCUUGAGGCAGCAGAUCAAACAAUGGACCACAGUGAAACAUGAGCUGGUGAAAAGUAUGCAAGAUGAAAAGAAACAAGCUGAAAGAUCAAGGUUUGUCAUGAAUUUUCGUGAAAAAAUUACCUUUGAUUAAAACAACACACGCACCACUGGUUGAGAAUACAUGAAUAUGUCAUAUUUUAUUACAACUGCAUGAAUACUUCAGUGAGGUGCUCUUUUCUAAAAAGUAUGAGAUUCUGUUAGUCCAAAUACGUCAUGUGAUGUCUUACCUGUCUUUCUAUUUUUCUCUGUUUACCAUAGAACCCUGUGCAGUGUUUUAGCAGAACAGAAAGAUGCUGAAGAUAUUAACAGCAGUCAGCUUUGUUUAGUUCUUCAGGAAGAGCUUGCUUCUUACAAGGCAAAGAAGUAAGUUCUCAAAAAGACAGAUAUCACAAGGUUUCUGAACUUGUCGCAGAAACAGGGAAAGAGUUCCUCACUUUAAUUGUCCAUUUAGCUCUUUUAUUACCAUAGAACAAGAUCCUGGAAAGAAAUAAAUACAGUUAAACUGGGAAAACCAUGAGCACCAGAAAUAUUUCUGGAAUGCUAUUGUCUUGCUAGAGAAAAGCCAACCAGGCGUGAGAAAACUAAACCGGAAGCAAGAACAUUAGUUAGUUUGUGGUUUUGUGGCCAGUUCACGUGUCCUGAUCUUUGCUGUGAUUAGUCAUAACACAAUAAACAUUCUUGAGAUAUUUCAAGUCUUCACGGUUUUCCCGGUCGCAGUGUAAGCUCAUGUGAAAGUACAGUGUACAUACAGUGCAUGUAUUGCUGUCAGGACUGUCACUAAGAAACAGGGACCAGGGAUUUCCACCAGUGACUGUGAGUGUGAGCUCCAACUACUUUUAUAGGAAACAAAAGUAAAAUACAUUAUGUAGAACCAAAAGAACUUCCUAGCUGUACAAUUCCCCUCCUACUAAUUACAUAUCAAUGCUGCAUUCUGAUUGGUUGAGCUACUACUUGGCUUUAUGUUAUAGCCCACUAGUACCGAAAAGCACGGGCUAUUUGGCGGCAAAAAAGGAUUAAAGUGUAGCUUUAACUAGCUAAAAUUUUUUUAUUCUCGAAAUUUUUGACAAACUAGUUGGGUAUUUAACAAUUAUUCCUCUGGCCCUCAUGGCCUCUGAGUCAAUAGCUCAUUCGGCCUUUGGCCUCAUGGGCUAUUGACACAGAGCCCAUUCGGGCUCGAGGAAUAAUUGUUAAAUACCCAACAACUUUACAUGUAUGCAGAUCAUGAGGUUCCUAAAAAAGUUCUCUUUUAUUUCACUUACAGUACUCAGUCUCCCAAAAAUGUUUUGUCCUUUAUACAUGUGUAUUCAAUUAUCAUUUGAGGGGUUGAUUUGAACCCAGGAGUCGCUUCAUAAGCGUGUACAAUAAUUAUGAUUGUCGGGGUGAGUGUUGUCCUGAAUAUAAUGACUGUUGCUGACUCCGCCAAAGAUGAUUUUGGGUUAUCCUUUAUCCCAAUUCUGUUUUGAACCACUCUGGCCAAUUGAUAUUGUACACCUUUAAGUGGUCUAUUUUUUCUCUUACUUCCAGUUAUGACACCACAAUGGAGCAAAUUUCUGUCAUCAGACAGCUUAUGGAGCUGUACAUUAUCCAAGAUGAUGAGUUUCAUUAUGGUUCAGUGAUGCUUGAGCUUGGUGUGGCACUGCAUGGCCUUGGAGACAAAGAUCUUGAGGAGGAGAAGUGAGUCUAAAGCUUAUAUGUGUUCUGGAUUAGUAUCUGGCAUUUUGUCUUACAUUUAGGUAAAUGACUUUGGAAUAGCAAAAAUACAUUAACAUCAAACAUGCUCUUGUUUGAUCACAGAGUGUAACUUGAGGUAAAGGUAAAGGGACAUUCAGCCAGCUGUUUUGUUACAAUGUCAUUCAGGGUUAUACGGCCCAUUAUGAAGCCAGUCACUUUAGUAUUAUUGUAAGACUGUUUUUAUAGGCAACUUAGACAUUUUUUGAAAAAAAGGUUUUCUUCGCUUGAACUUCUACACAAUAUACAGACUGAACACAAGUGACGCAUUUUGGUAUCCAUACUCUGUGGAUUCCAUGCUGUUGUGAUAAUUGAUGAUGAAGUGUCAUCAGGGUUGUUGAGGUGAAGAAGGAUGUUUCAUGGUUCAUAUCUCUAAUUGGGCAAUACCCCAAUCCCCAGCCAGCCCUCAACAUUAGCACUAAACAUUUUGAUAUUGUUUGCUCUAGGUCUGCACUUGAGUGCUGUCAAGAAGCAGCUGCAAUUCUGGAGCAGCUGGCAGACACAGCAGCUAAAACAGAUGAGCACAAAAAUCACCUGUCACUUGUGCAGGACAGACUUGCUGCAGCAUAUUUAUGGCAGGCAUUGUUAGAGCACAAAGCAACAAUGGAAGACAAUCUACGAGUGGAAUCACCCAAGGAGCUCAGUGCAAGUUAUGACACAGGGGAGGUACUUGUAUAUAAUUUUUUUUCUCCAGAGGGUGUGUAAAUCAGAGCCCAGUUGUUCAAAAGGUGAAUAAUGCUAUUCACUGGAUAUAUCACUAUCCUGUGGAUAGCGCGCAAUUGUUUGUUAUUUGAUCCACUGACUGGAUAGUGAUUUAUCCGGUGAAUAGCCCUAUCCAAUGUUUGAACAACCAGGGCCAGAAAUAUAUGGUCCGAAUGGGCUUGGAAUGGUCAGAUGUGAUACAGUGUACCCCUUGCUCCCUUUGAUUACCUUCGUAUUUCCUUUUGUAAUUUAGCCCCCCUCCCUAAGUCCCCUUCCACUGGCAUCCAAUUGCAAACUUACAUAAUGAACUUAUUCCUAUAUAAUUUUACUGCCCUUUUUAGGUCGAAGGCAUAUGUCUGGAGCAGCCAUUUAUGUCAUCCCUUCAUUCAGCAAUGGAAACGUGGACAGUUUUAGCAAAUAGAUCAGUGCAAGAAGGGAAAGAUGGAAAGGUAGAGUUUGGGCAUUAUUAUUGUGCGGUUUAGUUUUUUUUUUUAUGAUACAUGAAAAGAGAGCACUUCUUUUUUUCUCAUCCCCUAAAAACUUACUCACAGGUUAAAACAUGAAAAGUUUGGAAACUUGAUUAGUCUGCAUAAAUACUGUAGAUUAGUUUAAGCAAUAUCUGUUGUUCUUUUUGCAGAUUGAUUUGCAACACUUUGUUAACCCUGAGGAAACUUGCCAUUACCUUCUGAUUAUUGCUGGAAUGUUUGGACUUGUCAACCAGGUAAACUAAGGAAAUUGAAAGAUGUUUCAGGGGACUGUUUCAUGCAACAGUGACUGACGCAAGCUGUGUUGGGUUCUUUCUGCUGAGGAGUUCUAAAAGAACAACAUUUAUUUAACUUUAGUGUGUUCAAGAAGCAGUGCUCAUUAAAAAAUUAAAUAACUUUCUAAAAUUCAUAAAAUGGUUGCUGAGGGUGAAAGGAAUCAUAUAUCAACACAUCAAAAUCAUGCAUUAUCUACUCCUUUGACUGUGUCCCUUGGGAAACCAGUUUAUAUCUUGUGUGUCCAUCAAUCCUACCUCAGAAGUUUGAAAUUAUCUGGAAACCAAGUAUGCAAAUUUGCUCCAAAUAAAUAAACCCUCCAGGGGGCUUACUGUAAGAGAAGGAUUUACAGUAAACUGUUUUCCUUCCAGCCAUUCAUGGAGUAAUUUGUAACUUUUACAGCCAUUCAAGAAGGUGUGUGCUCUUCAUCUUGCUGCUACCAUUGCCCAAACAAUCUGCACUAACAGUAUGCUGAAUAAUAGAAUAUCUGCCUGUAGUGAAGCUGUUCAUACUCUGUGUGAUGUACUGGACAUUUCUCAUGCCAGUCUUCUGCUACAUCAGACCAGUGAUGUGUUGGAAACCCUUGAACCAAGUGGAUCAGUUAUGGUCCAGUUUCUGUUGGCAAAGAGUCACUAUCUGUUAGUUGCAGGAAAGGUGAGGUUGUUCCUGAAUCAUUUCUUUCGCUUUAUUUCUCUAAGCACAAGGGAUAAUGAAAAUCAUGAGCCAAGAGCUACUUACUAAUGGUCCAAUUUAGUCGGUUAUAAAAUUUAUUAUUUCACAUAUACAUUGUACAUUUACAACUUGCAAUAUAUCAGUGUUUGUUAUUAUUGUUUAUGCUUGUCAGUGCUUGUGUAUGGUUUACAAAAGCAUAAGUGUGUAACGCUUUUCUAAAUAAUACUUACAGUCUCUAUCGAUUCGUCAUCCCUAAGUAUUUUGCAUUUCCAUUUCUUUUUAAUCUGAGAGAACAAUAUUGAUGCACAAAACGUUGCAGUGCACAUGGAUGUUGUUAUCCAAGGUAUCAACAGAGGUUUUGCCACCGACGAAUUGACUUCAAAUGUGCAAUUUCUGAUUUUGUUGAGACCUGAACCCAUGAAUGAACUCAUGGGAUUUUAACACCAGUUAUAAAUUUGUGCUUUAACAGUAUCAUACCAUAAAAGCUCACACGCAACUUAAAAUGUCCUUAGAUUAUGUUAUUUACUUAAAAGUACUGGGCAAGCACUGGUACCUCGUUAAAGUUGUAACAUCAUUGUGAUAUAGUCCAGGGCUGAGUUGCAUGUGUGUGGCUUUUGGAUGGUUACUGGCUGAGUGGGCCUGGGCAAGUUGGGUUUUCUGUCAGCUAUCACCCUUGGAUUAAGCUAAUGGUUGUGGCCCAUGGGUCCUUCACUGUAGCCUUUUAGAAAUAACAUGUUUCUAGAUACUCCAUCUGCGAGUUUUGUUUUCAAAAUACUGGCAGAAUAUUUGGUUAUCCAAGCUUGUGCUCCAGUUGGAAAUAGUUCUUUAAUAGCAGUCUUCUGCUAGCAGUGAUUUUGUUACCUGUAGGACAUAAAGAUUGCUUAAUCAAUCUAAAGAUGUGUAUAUCUGGCCUAUUGGUGUAAUUUUUGUGGCAGUUAUUAUGGCUGUUGUUUAACGAUGCGUAUUUCUUUUAGCCUUUGCUGUGCUUUAAAAUAGAAGGACAAUAGGGCCGUUUAUACGAGAGAAAAUAAGCCGCGGCUUACAUAAGACGCGAACACCCCGUAUAAAUGGUACAAAAUGUAUGUUCACGGCUUAUUCAACCCAAGGCCAGCUCAAGCCGCGGCUUACCCUGGCCGAGGGGUUUUGGGAUGGGCUUAUCCAAGCCGCAGCUUACCUUGGACGUGAAAACGUUCGUAUAAAUGCACUCAAACGUUGUCCGCGGCUUGCUGAAGCCGUGAACGAUUGCUACGCAUGCUCUGUUUUCAAUUAUAUCCCAGACCUUCACGGCCGAGAGACGCGCGUUGCAGUGGCGGGAAAAUGCGGGAAAAUUAGUUUUGUUUACAUUUACACCGUGGAAAAUGGCGGAUAGAGAUUCAUGUGAAAAAUGAAAUGCGUGGAGUGCCCCAAAAGAAAAACAAAUCCUGCCCAUAUGCAGCAAGCUUGAGAUUGCGGGUUAGCUCGAUGUCUGUGCUACCUCGGCAAGCGUAAGUUUGCCGAUUUAAAUUUUAAAUCUACGCUUAUUAAAAGUACAACCUGGCCGCGAACGAAGCCGCGAACGAAGCCGUGAACCAUUUAUACGAGUAGUUCGCGUCUAAUAUAAGCCGUACUCGUAUAAAUGGCCCUAAUAUCAUUCAAAUUUCGGUAUACUUUAAUACAGAACUUUUGAGAUUAACUGCCUGGUUACAUAAAGGCCCUUGAAGCAUUUUCAAUCUAGGACUCAUUGGUUCUGGACUGGGACUCAUGAUUUUUCACAAGAUGAGUCCCAGGACUCACCAUCACCAUUUGUAACAAAAUCUCUGUGCUACACGCAGGUGCCCUGGAUUUCACAUGUUCAGAUCACUGGGUUUCUGUCAAUUUUUUCUCAGAGCACAGCCUUGGCUACCAGGCCCUGCCUCUAAGAGUGUAACCUCACAUUUAUCAGUAUCUGAGUGACUGUUUGUUUUCCUCUAAACUAAACAUAAUUAUCUGCUCCUAUGUUUAGUACUCAGAGGGAGAGCAGUGUUUAAUUGAGGUGUUACAGAGUGAUGCUUUGACUCAGAAGAGCUACAAGUCCCACUUACUGAAGGCCAGAUUAAUGUCUUUGUGUGCGAAAUACUCCAUGCUCCCAGCUAAACUCCACAAGUUCAGCAUUACUUUGGGUGAGUUGAAAACUCAAUUUAAAAUUUACCAGUAAUAUGUUGUUUUAGUAUUCUAGUAAUAUGUAUAUUCCUGUAAAAAGAUGAGGCCAACCAUCUCACCACCUCAGAUUCUGCAAGUACCGCUGGAAUACUCGAGAGUCCAUUCUUUUGAAGAAAUUUAUUUGGCUAAGAAAAGUCAAAAAGCAUUGAUAGUUCUCAAAACAUAAAAAAUAUAUUUGCUUUAAUUUACGGUUCAGCAAUUGACAGUUUUUAAUCUUGCCAUCUUUGAUCUCUAGCGUUGGAAAAGGUGGCUGUCUGACAUCAAAACCAUCAACUGUCAAAGGAAAUCUUUUUGAGUUUUUUUGAUUUCCCAACAUUCCCUUAAGAAAUCCAAAAAUCUGAGAUCAAUAAUCUAAUUUUGGACCCUGGCAUGGAAAUGUACCAAACUUGGCAUUGUGUGGUUACAUGUAACAGAGGAUUGAAUAAUGACCUGAACACUGAAUCUAGUAAGGUGUCCAUUAAGGGAUUAUUGGGUGCGUUCCUUUGGGGCGAUCAGGAUCAGCGAUCCGAGAUCACUCCAAUCAUUUUAGAUUAAAUGAACCAAUGAAUCCUUGUUGAGAGUGGAUUCAUCAGUUCAUUUGAUCUACCAUGAUCUCAGAUCACUGAUCCUGAUCCGGAUCGUCGCAAAGGAACGCACCCAUUGACUCUAUCAUGAAUGAUCUUGCUCCUUUGUGAAGAUCCUGUUGGUGGUUCACUAACUGCUUUGGAAUGUGCUCUUGAUGGAUUUCACAAGUUAAGUUACAUGGCUGAGGAGGUGUUUGGAGAGGAUGUGUUCAGUAGUGGGCGAAAGAAGGGCCAACAGAAUAUAAAUGUGUCAGGUAAAAAGAUGACCCUUUCCUGUCAUAAUGUUAGCUUGCAAUUAUCACCUCUCAGGACAUGUCACUGAAUAGUUUGUCAGACUUGUUUGUUUUUUGUGCCUGCUGUUCCCCUCUCUUCAUUCAGCAACAGUUAUUUUCCUUUCCCAAAACACUGUAUUAUUGAAUGAGCAAAAAGUGAAGCUCUGCCUCCUACUUUGCCUUGAUUUUGAGGCCUUGAUUUUUGGAUAUCAAACUGCAAGCUACAGUUGGACUUCUCCACAUUAACCACCAUUCAUUCACCAAAACGUAACAACACCAAAAGUGUGUUUGCUUAUGUUUAAAGAGGUCUCAAACUUGGAUCAAAUUCUAGCCAGAUGAUUUUUUUCCAAGUGGAAGUGAAUUUUUCCCUGUUCUUUUUCAUAUUCUUUUUACGCGUGUGAUUAAUUUGUUGCAAUUAUGUUCAUUUCUUUAUCAUCAACAACACCAACGCUCAACACUUUCAAGCACUUUAUUUUGUGUCAAUUUCUGCAGCUGCGGGUCCUCUUAUUCGACCAAGCAUCAAUCAAAGCCUUUUCCAUAUGUCACUCCUGAAUGAGCUUCUGUCUUCAUUACUACAUGUUGGCCAGUUAUAUGCCCAACAGGGUGCUGUAAGAGAGGCAUUCAGGCAGUUUGUAGAUGGUCUAACUUUGGCAAGGCACUUUGCUCUACCUUACAGGUAUUCAUUAUAAUGCUUUUCUUUAACCAGCCUCCUUUGAGAUUGUCUGAUCCAAUACACAGUAGUCAGCCAUAAUUAUCACGCACUUUUUGGUUCAUUGUCAGCAGCACUGUAAUGCCAUGUUAGUUCCUACUAGGCAGUAAAAUAAAUUCAUUUUGUUGGAUUUUGAAAGACGUGAUUUUGUUUCCUCUGCGUCCUGCGUCCCUGAUGCGCCCAAAGACGAAGAAUAAUUCAUGAAAUGCGUCCUGUAGGACGCAAAGAACGAUCAAUCGAUUUGAAAAUGAUUUUUUGGUACAAUAUCCUGUUCGUGGGAUUUUUGUCUCCGGAUUAAUUGCUGGUUACACAAAGGCCCAAGCAUUUUCAAUUUUGGACUCCUUUUUUUGACUCAAGAACUCAUGAUUUUUCACAAGAUGAGUCCCAGAACUCACCAAAACCAUUUGUAACAAAAUUACUAUCUUUCUCAAACAGGCUUUAAAUUCUUUUUGUUAUUUACAUAAUGUAAUUGCAAGGUUGCAGCAUGGAAGUAGCUAAAAUGAAAUCACUUUUAUUGGUGACGUCUAUAUAGCGAAAGAAUAAUUACUGGCCAUUAGAUUCUAUUUUCUUUUUGCUUGGGAGAUAAACAUUUUACGCAAACUACGUAAGGGAAUGUAACAUUGCCGCCUAGAUUAUUCAACCUGAUUGCAUCUUGAUAGAACUUAUAAUUCUUUUCCUUUAGGAUUGCAGAAUUUCUCAUUAACAUUGCUCAGUUGGAACUCAAACAAGGCAAGGGUGAUAAGUGUGAAAGUCGGCUUGACCAGCUUAAUGGACUCCUACAACCAGUUUUGAAACCUUCCAGCCGAUCAAAGCUUUCCAAAAAUGAAGUUCAAGAACCUCUGCUUCUUGGUCAUCCGCAGACAUGCGAAUGUGUAAACUGUAUUGAUACAACACUUCACAACAUACUGAUUAGGUACUCUUUGAGUGUUGCCAAAUAUCUUUUGUAUGUUUCAAGACCCGAGCAAUCAGGGGAGGCUUUAGAACUGGUGUAUUCAGUGUGCCAGUGUGCUGAAAAGAAAAUGGUAAUGUGUGUCCAGAAACUUGAUGUGAUUUUAUGUGGUUGUGCAUGUAGUGCUCCAAGUGAAGGGAUUUUGAAAGAGACAACGAAGAAAGGAAAAGCAAAGUCUGCAAAAGGCAGAAAAAAGAAAGAGGACUCGGGGCUACAAAGUUGUUCUGUUUCACAGUUAAUGUUUUGUCAGUAUUUUGCUUCAUUCUACUGCACAAGUGCAGAGUUAUCAUUGCAAACGGGAAAGAUUGAGGAAGCCAAUGAAGUACUCCUAAAGGCAAGGGAAAUCCUGCACUGUGUUGAGAAUUCUGUUGGAUACAAUCCUAUGCACUUGUUAUCCAUGAAAGCUUCCAUCCUUUAUAUGUCUGGUGUAGCCACAUUGCUUCUAAACAAGGGUUCUUUCAAAGAUGUUUGUGUGGAUUGUAAUUGGCUACCUGAAACAGACUCAAAGAUUAGCUCUUUGGAAAGCAGUGUAGAGAACGUUGAAUCUUCCAAAGUUGACACACUUGAAGAAUGUGAGGAGGAGAAGCCAAGGAAAGCUUCUGGCAGGAGAGGUAGAAAUUCUAAACCUAUUGAGAAAUCGGCCACAGAGGAUACCAGCAGCAGGCCAACAUCUUCAAGAGCAAAAGGCAGAGGAAGAAGCAAGAAGGCAGAGGAGGCCCUGGCAGAAUGUGAUGAUUCUGAGGCAAAUAUUCAGCGGAAGACGAAGGGACGUAGAAAACCAACACGGUGUGCAAAGCAACCUUCUAACCUUGUGGAUGGUCAUAAAACAGGUCAGAUUAUUACACGUGAAACUUACUUAUUUCAUUGAAGACCAUUCUUGUUGACUUUUUAUUUUUCCAUUAAAGUGAACCAUAGAAUGAGAAGUCUGCGUACUGUAACUGAAAUUUGGCUUCUGGAUGCUCGAUCAUCAUAGGCACUGGCGCUCUUUCGGUCUGACAAUUUUUAUCUUCAGCCUUUGAUUUAUUCCCAGAAUACUCUGAACCUAGGAUUAGUGUAUUUUAUACAUUUGACUUGAAUAUAUGGAUAAAAUAGUGAAUUAGCGGUUGGUGUUUUUUUAGAUCUCUUGAAAGCUUUCGGUACAGUCAAUCAUUCCAUCUUAUUUGAUAAACUUGAACACUAUGGUAUACGUGGCUUGGCUCUGAAAUGGAUUAAGAGCUAUUUUUCCAACAGACUUCAAUUUGUAGAGUACAAUGGUUAUGUUUCGUCUCGUGCUAAUAUCAUGUGUGGCGUUCCCCAAGGUUCAAUACUAGGGCCUUUGUUUUUUCUGCUCUACAUCAACGAUAUAAUCAACACGUCAACAAUAUUACAACUGAUAUUAUUUGCCGAUGAUACAAACGUUUUUGUGCCUCACAAGGAUAAAGACUGCCUGACUAAUGUACUGAACGCUGAGCUUAAUAAGUUGUCAUUAUGGUUUAGAGCGAACAGGCUUUCAUUAAACUUGAAAAAAAAAACAACUUAUUCAUGUACUCCCCUCAAAACCAUACUCUACCGUUAAAAAAUCAUUGUAAAUUUUCUUUACAAAGUCAAAUUCAUUCGUAUAAUACAAGAAACUCGUGUAAAUUUCGUCUGCCUUUCUGUCGUACUCGAACCAAACAAUUUUCCGUUUUUUAUCAAGGACCUAAAUUUUACAACACCUUAAACACCAACAUCAUCAACGCUUACUCACCUUUUUCCUUUAAAAGAGCACUUAAGGCAUUUAUUUCUAAUAAUUAUUAGUAUACUCCAACAGAAAUCUUGCGAAAAAGCCUUUUAAUAUUUAACAUUAUUUGUAAACUUCCGUAAUAUUGAUUAGUUUAAUUUUCCACCUGAUAUUAUUUUGUAUCCGUCGCCGUAAUUUUUAUGCCAUCUUCGAAAAAUUGUAAUUGAGGAGGCCUAAUUAACAUAAGCUCUAUAGUUUCCUUUAGGCCUCCUCGCCAUUUCUUCCUACAUUUUUUUUGGCAUUUCUUUGUAAUUAUUGUAAUCGUGUGGCAAAUAAAUAAAUACAAAUACAAAUACAAAAUCCUAUGGUACCGGUAUGAAAAUUCAAUAGAAACAUCUCAGCAGUACUUUGAGAGGUACUAGUCAUAUGCUAGUUCUUACUUUUGUGUCUGUUGACAGAAGUCUGGGUUGCCAUUUGUGUCAGGAAUCGGUUUUAGCUAAUAGUUUAAUAUCUGAGACCGUGAAACAAAUCCUCUGUUGUGGCAUUCAACCUUCUGUAGCGGCUCUUUUGUAUGGGAUAUUUUUUCAGUAUUUUUCAAAAUUAGAUCCUAUUCUCCUGUAUAUUUGAUAUGUUUGGAAUUGAAAGGGUCAGGCAAAUAGCAUGUUAAAUCAUCAUGGUUAUAACAUUAAUAACUAUUUUCUAUCAUCUCAUCAGCUCCCAAAUGGAUUGAACAAACCAUCCAUUACUGGAAUGAAGCAUUUGACCUGUGCCAAGUUAAUCCUCCACCAGCCCUAUUCUCUGACAUCUGUCGUGGACUGGCUUUCUGUCAUGGGAGAUCAGCAACCCAACUCUCCAUGUACUACUUAAACUUGGCACCAUCAAUUACACUGAGACACCAAGCUGUUACAAGUACAGGAAAGAGAAUCAAGUAAGAAGGCUUUAUUAAGAGGCGAGGGCCGGGGAUUUCCCCCGGCUACCAUGAACGUGGCACCCGGCUUCUUUCAUAGGAAAAUAGAAGAAAAAAUAGAACCAAAAGAAAUCCCAGCUGUUUGAUUCCCCGCCAACUUGUAUAGUUUACCCUGCAACUUGAAAUCUUGGUGGCAACCCUGCUUGGAAAAAUAAAGUGGAACCCUGCCUUACAACCACAUUACGAACACAUUAAUUUGCCCCUAAAAUUCAUUUUAUUUUAUUUUAUCUUUUUGCAAACCUCCUUAAUCCAGCCAGAAAUUCGUGGCUUAGCAGUGGUCCUAAUAAUAGGAUUUUAUUAUAAAUCUGUUCCCUCCCAAUACUAUAUCGAAAUGAUACUUAUGAUUUUUCAAAGACAGUUCACCUUCAUUACCCCGUGCACUUUUCAUAAUGAAAGUAACUCAAAGUUGUGAAGGGAAGAAUUGGAUUGAGUGCUGACUGUCAUUCCCAUGAAUAGUUAAUAAAGAACUUUGUGUAAAAAAUUAACCUAACGCAACCUUUUAGGUAGUUCAAUCUUCCUGACUUCCUGUUAGUAAUAUCGAUGUCUUAUUUUACCUUAGGAGAACAGAAAAAGGUGUGACAGCUGCCUUGUCAGUGGUAUGUAUCACUCAAAACCUGGUCACAUUAUCCCACACAUGCUUAAAAAGGCAAUGAGAAUACCCGUUUCAAACGUAUUUGCCUUUCAUAUGCCUUAGCAGGUUUCUUGUUGCUAUAUAACGGACCUUGGGAUCCAACGAGGAAGUUCCUUCUGAACUUGGAUAUGCCUGUUAGGAAUUUAACUCCCACGAGAAUUCGCCCACAUUUGACCAAGUAACGGAGUUGGAAUAAUCAUAAUGAAGAUUUAAGGAACGCGAAAUCACUUUUCAACGGAUGUUUUCGCCACCGUCGCAGUCCUCUAAUCUUAAGAACGAUGGUCAGGAUUAAUCGAGCUAACUCUUGGUUUCGUGGCAAGGGUUGAAAAAUCAAUUUCUGUCAUUUCUUGUCCAUAGAUAGCUUUUAGGUAGUUAGGAAACUCGAUGUAGUUAAUGUUCCCGCCAAACGGUAAACGGGAAAGGUUUUUGCGUUCGGAGUCUCAGAAAGGCCUAAUUUUUUACCUAAAAUUUAACGGAGACAUUUGGACACUUUCCAUGAACGGACUACUCUUUUUCUUUCACUAGAAGUCAAGAUACUCAAAAUUGGCAGUGUGUUACGCGUCAUUGUAAUGUAGUUUCUGAUCUUGCUUUAAGGGCUAAGAACAACUACCGUAAAUCCUCUGUUAAGUACCCCACCCCUAUCUCCCCCCCCUCUAGUAAGGCUAUUCAUGGGAGACCUUGCGAGAACCGCUAAUUUUGGGGGCACCAUGACAACGUCAAAAAUCUGUUUUUUCUUCAUAUGUUCUAUGACUGAAUCUUUUUCUUUUUUCUCUCUGUAUCAGGAGCAUGAUGGGGACAUGAAGCAACUUGCCAAGGAACUGUCUUCUUUGUCAAUUAAUGAUGAUUCAUUGUCAGGAAUUAAACCUGAGGAUAAAAACAAGUUGGCAGAUCUUUUAAAAACCCGAAGUAUAAUGCAGUUCAACUCAAGUUCUCGUGGAGGUGGGGAUUUGACGUUUCUAUUUUCCCCUGAAGAACUUGCUCUUUUGCAGGACAUUCCAAAAGGUACGUUACUUGAAUUGAAAAUAGUUAUUUGCUAGUGACCUGAGAAAGGAAUUUUUUAAUUUAUGAUGUUCAUUUGGCACAAUUUUAGGAUGGACCAUACUUAAAUUCUCCGAUUAUUGUUUAUUGUUACAGUAAAUAUGUUUUUUAGUUCUGAAUUUAGUUUAUAAAUAUUGCCAAUCACGUAAAACGCAAUAUCGUCAAGCUACGAAUGACUAGUGUGUUCUUAAGAAAUAAACAUUUCCUCAUAGAGUGGACGGUGUGUACACUGGAGUCCUUUAAACUUCCUGGAGAGGAAGAAAGACAGUUGAUGAUAUGUAGGGUCAGAUCUGGCUGCGAACCGGUGCUUGUUAAGAUCAACACAACCGUAGGAGAGGAACAAGUAAAGGAAAAAGAGGUAUUUUUACCGUUUUACGCCGUUCAAAAGGAAUAUAAUUUGCACAGUGACGGCAUUUUGUUACAAUUCUUCAGUUUCUCGUGCCAGUUAAGGCUAUUGUUUUCUAAAGCUCUGCGGGAUUAACAAAGUUGAAAAAGAAAGCGAAAAUAAAAUGAAUUCUGGUUGUGGUAGUCAAAUUGUCAUCAUCGCGAAAAUGGCCUGCAACAAUAAGCCCACUUUUUGCAAAAAAUGUUAAGAUUUUAAUAAUUCUUUUUCCAGAGUGUUCGGAAUAAAGGCGUGAACAUAAAUGAUUGAAACUUGUAGUGACUUUACCCCAUAGCGACUAUGUCACUGAUCAUUAAAGUUUGUCCUUUUUGGCUUUCGAAUUUGACUUAGUGACCCUAAAUUCCAUAGUAAGAACUAAGUUUUUAUAAUAGACCUACUCGGCAGCUCGACUGACGUAUUCAGCCAACAAUUUAUGUACGACAUUGCAGAGUCGCCGCAGUCACAGGAGAAAUUUUCUUUACUUGAACUAUUUUCCUUGAUCCAUUCUCAUGCUCCCUACUAUGAAAUUUAAAAUCUAGAUAGUGUAAACAUUCAUGACUUGCAAGGGAAGCAAAACGUGCAAUCUGUACGGUCAGUGAAGAUCAUUUAUAGGACUAAGUGUUAUUUAGCGCCAAUUCGCAGUAACCUUGAAGUAAGAAUGUUUUUUUUUUGGUGAGAGUCACUGGAGAUUUCAAGACUAUAUCCCAGGCUAGACUCACGCAGUAGUGAUUAAGUAACGAUUUUUGUAUUCUGUUACAGGCAGAUGAUGUAGUUAUGGACCUGUGUAAACUGUUUCAAUGCAGCCUAUUGGAGGAGUUUAAUGAAAUUAUGACUGACAAUGUGAAGAGCAUGAGCGUUAGUAACACCUCUGAGUGGUGGGCGCAGAGAACCAGGCUGGAUUCCAAAAUGAAGGUACAACUUUCAGAAUGAGAUUUAAAUUCGCAAAUUCUUGGCAGGGUAACUGCAACAGCGUUAAAACAAUAAUUGUCGCUAGUGACGAACCCCUCCCCCUUUUGAACGAUGGAGCACGCUACCGGGAUCUAGGUCUCCUACUCGUGAUAAGUAAGGAUGAUGAAGGAGACAUAGCCAGUGGCUUAACCUCGCUGCCUAGUGACUCACCCGUGGUAUUUCACAUUUGCUUGUCUGUUAUGAAAUUCACAGGCUAAUUUGUCUGGAAGCGAUUUCGACAAUGAUGCUCAAAUGGCACAUUCUGCGUGCUCUUCACUGUGUCUAGUUGUCUUAAAUUUAUCGUCGUUUUGGUUGACAAUUCCUUAACUCAGAUCCUUUUGGAUAAGCUUGAAUCGUGCUGGCUUGGAAGAUGGAAAGGAGUUCUUCUCGGUCAGUCAAUCAACGAGGAUCAUCAAGAGGCAACAGUGUCCGCUGCCAGGCAGUUACAAGGAAAAAUCACUAAUUUGUGUGGAUCUGCUCCAGAUAUACAACUUCUUGAGGUAAUAGGAACAAUAUGGUCAUUUUUGUGAAGAACAAUCCAUGCAUGUUGUCCCAGCCCAACUGUAUUAAUGACCUCUUAGAAAUGUUGAUUAACAUUUUCUCUUUGCCACUACUAGUUCGGUGUGAAAGUAGCGUAAGUUACAUCCACAUUUUGAUGAAUAUGUGUCCCAAGUUGUUUGUUUUAGUUCACUAUCUAAACUUUGGUAAACUUCGGUUUACCGCGUCAGUGUUAGCUCAGUCGGUAGAGCGUGUGACUGCAAAGCGGGAGGUUGCGGGUUCGAUUCCCGGGGCUGGAACAAUACUCAGGGUCUUAAAAUAACUGAGAAAUGAAGGUACUCCCUUUGCACUGCAACAGGCUAGACCCUCGCGUGGCUCGGAUGACCACGUAAAAAAUAGUGUCCCCGAUUAGUACAUUCGUGCUAAAUACAUUGACACUCAACUAAAGUGCAUUUUUUUUAAGGAUCAUUGUCAACUAUAUCUGGAGAAGAAAGUAACUGUAGUCUAUAGCAUUAUUCCAGUUUUAAGUAAAUGCAAUAUAAACUACAAUGGUUUGAAAGGCUGCUGCUCUCUCUUUCAUCAGUUUAAAUGUGCUUAUAUCUCUUUCAGAUUCUUGUUGAUUCUGCAUCCCACUUGUCAAGAGACGAGAAAGCUGAUGCGAUUUCAGAGAUCACUGGCAUAGAUCCCAAAUCUACCUCUUUGAAUGAAGUAACCUCAAAUGUUUUUAUGAUAAUUUUAUAAAGUACAUUUGUGUUGCAUUUGUUGAAACCUCGUUGAAGAUAUUCUAAACUAGUGUUCGUUUUUUGGGUUUCAGAUUCUUCGUGAGUUUGAGGAGGUCACAAGCAACUCGUCUUCGUCUGUCAGCAAGAAAACUGGCCAAAAUAGGUGUGAGAAAAUUGGUGUAACUCCCGUCACUUGUGAUGUAUAUGCAUUCUGUGACGAUCAUUGAUUAUGCAUGUGCUUUUAAAAUUAGUUAACGUAAAUCUUUCUCCAUUUUUUUUCACCGGACUGUAAGCAGCCCAGAAGUGGUUACUCGUCAUCCUGUCAUUCUUAUUCUUGGCAAGGUAAGGAGGCAUAUUCUUUUGGCUCUGUCUAGUACACUGAUCAAAACCUAGUGGUUGUGAAAAAUAAAGUGGGAGUAGCGAUGAAAACGUCUAUAUUUUUGCCAUUUUACAGGAUAUUCAACACCUUCCUUGGGAAAGUAUACCUAUGCUAUUUGACCAUCCUGUGACUCGAGUACCUUCUCUGCAGUUUCUGCUAUCAAAGGUAACUUGCAAGCGUGCCGAUGACAACAAAAUGAGAAAUAAAUAGUAGAAAAGUUGACUGUAUUAUCGUUACAUGAUGGCAUGGGUGACUGGGAUGUCGAGGGGAAUCCACCUUGGGCCAGCUAGCUUCUUAAACUGAGUACCACUUUGCCAAUCUACCCGAGUUAGCCAUAAUCCUGCACACCAGGUUUCAAAGCCUGAAGGCCCCAACUCGUUUACGUAGCCCAUUAUCGCUUUACAGUCUCAGAAAUGGUCAAAUACCUAUCUGCUUGGUACCCUCAACUGCAUGGGUGGAUGCUAGUGCUAGAGACGAUAGGCCAGGGCUCCUUGUUCCCAGGUGCAUCACUACUCAUGAUCUUAAAACAAUUGAGAGGAUUGUAGACCUUGGAAUGUAUUUAUCGGUGGCGGUGUCGUCAACCUUUCAUGUCGUGGGUGAAUUAAGGGGUUAAGAAGGGUUGGGACGUAGUCUGGCAUUGGUAAAGAGAGCUGCGUUACAUUAGUAUAGGUAAUAGCAUGAUCUGUAGUGAUAUUUGACAUAAAUACCACGAGUGAUAUUUCAAAAUUGUUAUACGUAAUUUCACGAGCCUUUAGGCGAGUGAAAUUUGAGACAAUUUUGAAAUAUCACGAGUGGUAUUUAUGCCAAAUAUCACGUCAAAUCAUGCUAUUAAUUGUUUAUACUACUACCCUUAGAAGGUUGGUAAUUUUCACAUGUAGGUAUUUCAAAUUAAGCUGAAAUACCACUGCUCUAAGCCAAUCAAAUUGCAGAAAUUUCUCACGUAGUAGUAUAAAGCUAAUAAUGAGGUAUUCCAUUGUUGUGAGCAAUAUGUUGCGCUUUCGCACUUGCUUCUCAUCAAUAAGUCAUUUUAAUGUUAACCCUUGUCUCCUCUUGAUGCUAGAGCUGAAAGAAAUGAACGUGUUUGUAUGCAUGAAGCCAUUUGUGGUAUUUUCAGGUAUCCUGUCAACAACAAUUGACCUAUGUGAAUCCUGUCAAAACUUUUUAUGCGCUGAAUCCGCAAAAUAACCUUCCCAACACGCAGAAGAUGUUCCAGAAGUGGUUUGAAAGGUAUGAAUUGUGAAACAUGCAAAUCGCAGAACAAUUUAAAAAAAUGAGGAGCUUAAGCAACGAUGACAGCAACAAGGAUGGUUUUAUUAGCAAAACAAUUAUCUGCUUUGGUACAUUUUGAUGACGUCCAUUUCACCAAUACAACGUGAAACCUCGUGUUGAGAACGUUUAUGGCAAGAAUGACAUAAAUACGCGAUGACGAAUUUUUCUUUUCUUACUCGGAUACAGUCGUUAAGAAUUCAACUUCUGGGAAAUUCCCCUACAUUUCGCAAUUUGAGAAAGGCUAAAUAGACGCAUGAAGUUUAAAAGGACCCCCAAUUUUUUUUUUCUCUUUGUAACUUUUUCACUGCCGUCAUCGUCGGGGUUCGUUAAGCUCCCUAAUGUAACAAACUGAACUUCUUUAAUUGUUUGCUAUGUCCGGCAGCUGUCUCCAAUAUACAUGGUACAGCAUUGUUCCUUUAAAUAACACGUAUUUUGUUGCAUGCAACAUAUAGUGAAGAUGGAUGGCAAGGUAUCACAGGUAGGGCACCUACACAAGAUGCAUUUAGCAAAGCACUGACGGACCAUGAAUUGUUUAUGUAAGUUGAAAGAAACUUUAUGUGCCAAUAACAAAUUUUACAUAAGCCGAUUACCCUACAUACAGAUGAUUAGUACAAUUAGGUUGCGAAGCGAGUUGACAUUAGUAGCUCUUGUAAAAUUCAUACAAGCAAAGACGCUUUGUCUUGUUGUAAUGCUUCGCAAUGAUGGAGGCUAGUAGAGAACACUGCCCCUUGCUGGCAUGGUUUUGUAAGACAAGUUGUUUGAAAAGUGCACACACCUUCUUUCCAUACCUGUUAGGCUCAUGGCAAACAUUGCAACUUUAAGCUAAAAAGAGCUGCAUUAAGCUAACAUAUAAAAGCUUCUUCCUUUCAGCUGCAAUGAGAACAACGGGCCCUCUAAAUGAUUAUCCUGAGGCUUAACGGUCAUUAUAACUUAUUAUAAAAAACGGCCAGUUCCAUAAAUUAAGACAACGCAAUGUUCGCAAUCCACUCUGCCUCUAGAGAAUUUACGAUACAAUUUACAUGGUACAACAUUCCUGGCGGGAAGGCUCUUGAGGAUGUUAGGCACAUGAAAAGAACUGUUAGAUUUACAAGGUUGCAGAAGUAGUCCCCUGUUCUAUUUCAUGUUUUUUUCAUGUGAUUCUGUUGCGCAUUGCACUGCAUCGUAUAUCUUGCCCUCGUUAUAUUAAGCAUAAACUGAAAAGCACUCACUUUUAUCUCUGUAGCUAUUUUGGCCAUGGCACUGGGCGAGAGUUUCUCCAAGGAGAUGACAUUCAGAGACUGGAUUGCCGAGCUGUCACUGUGCUAAUGGGUUGUAGUUCUGGAAAGUUAAGGGUGAGAAAAUGUGGAUGAAAGCCGUGUUGGUAAAUAGCGGCAGGAACGGUUGAGUCGCCUGGUCUAGUUAGGUUACCGUACGAAAUUUUUGAGGGUUCUAAUUUUUGCGAUUUUCCAGCGAUCCGCAAAAAUAAGUUCCCUCAAAUAAAGAUUACCGCAAACAUUUUUCCCGCAAAAAUUUACUCCAGAGGAAACAUUCUCUCAGUUAAAUUUGCUACACAAAGAUACAGUACUAAGAAAUCGUGUCUGUUCAAUCACAACUUGUCUCUUUCAUUCAGAAACAAAACGGUAUACAACGAAAUACUGGUUUAUUGUUUGAAAAUAUGUAUUUCUAUUGCACGUACUCAAUAAAAACGAAAAUAUUAUCAAUGCCGGGUACUGAGUACUUCUCUGAAAACCGCAACAAUUAAUUCCCAGCAAGAAAAACCAAUCUCUCGUAAUCACAAAAAUUAGUUCCCGCAAAACACCGCCACACGGUAACUAAGGUUUAGUUUUAAAAGCUACAUUUUUACCAUGGUCCUUUUUCAAAGAAGACAUUUACAACAAUUUCUAUUUCGUUUCUUGUAUUAUUAUAUCUUUACACUAUCAUUUAGUGCUUAAAAGUCUUCUUUUGAUUUUUUUUCUUUUCUUUUUGUCAGGUUGGCGGGGAGUGUGAACCUAGAGGAAUGGCUCUGAAUUACCUUUUAGCUGGCUGGUAAGUGUUUCAAUUAACAUUUUAGUCUUUCUUACCAACAGCGAUAUUUCUUUACUGGUCAGACAAGACACUCUCGUUAGUUGAGUCAGUUACUGGUCCAAGACUUUACGAUGUCAUGUGACAAAUUUCCCUCCCCCGCCUCCCUCACCAAAAAUAGUCUUGUUUAAAUAUGACAGUGCACACAGUGCUACCGUGAAUCUGGGCCACAGGCUUUAAAGAGUGUAUAGCUAGAGCAGUCUUAAAGGCAACCUCCACUCUUACUACAGAAUAAGUUCAAAUCGAAUAAAAUUAUGUUGAUAAACAAAUUUGUUCGAAAUUUGUCUUAAAAAAGUGUUUAUAUCAGGAAAAGUGAAUUUUAAAAUCGCUUAUUUUCACUUUCAAAUUUCGCGGGCACCGCCAUCUUGAAUAAUUGUGACGUGUUACGGUUGCUCUAUUGUUCUGACACAAAGAGCUUUUGUUUAAUAACAAUAGGGCUUCCAUUACACGUCACAAUUAUUCAAGAUGGCGACGCCUGCAAAAUUUGAAAACAAAAAUAGGCGAAUCUAAAAGUUAUUUCUUUCGGAUACAAACGCUUUCUUUAAAAAUAUUUUAGAUUGACUUGACUGUAACAGUUAUUUCCUGUGAUUUAAAGUUAUCUUUUUGUUGAAGUGGAGGUUCCCUUUAAAUACUACUCUUCUAAAACAAGUUUUCCAAAACUCUGGAAUGUUCUUCGGUAUUGUUAAAACCAAAGGGUAUGAAGAAAGAUAAACAAGGGUGAAAGAGCAUAUUGCCUUAUGAUAACCUUACUUCAGUACUGAACAAGUGUUGUUAAAACUCUUGCAUAUCCUUAGCAUACUGUAUAAAAAGGGGGGGGGAAGAAGAUUGAUAUGGGUUUAAAAGUGUAUAGCUGCCUUGCUUGCUCCUCCUCUAUGAUGCAUAUUUUAAACUCCUGAAUGUUCUUGGGGACGUUUAUAAACCAAAUGGCGUAAAAAGAGUGAUUUUGUUAAAAUGCCACUAUUAGUUACUACACAUUUUUCAUGGUCAUCGUAAUCAAAUUGGAGUGGUUUUCACUUGCAGCCCAGCCAUUGUCGCUAACCUUUGGGACGUUACUGACAAGGACAUUGAUCGCUUCAGUGACUCACUUCUGAAAAAGUGGCUUCAGCAAGACACACACCUCUCAUUAGCAGAUGUGCUGAGCCUAUCCCGACAAGCUUGCAAACUGAAAUACUUGAUAGGAGCAUCCCCUGUACUAUAUGGUCUCCCAGCUUACACCAAACAGUAA